GUGCUGUUCGUCGGUGGUCGGGGAGAUUUUGUUACGGGCAUAAACCCAAUCUGUGAAAAUUGUGCAAAUAAUAAUUAAAAACUAGCUCAAAGAUGAAGUUUCGCGCCCAGAUGAAGGAUCCGCUGUACAUGCGAGAAUUCCAGAAUAUAAUCGCAACCCUGUCGAAGUUGUCCAAGGACUGCCUCAUGAUACUGGGAGCACAGCAGAUGCACCUCAUUGUGAACGAGGACCAGAGUUCCACGUCGUCACCGCUAGUGUGGGUGAGCAUUGCAGCCACGGAGUACUUUCCCGAGUACGUUAUGGAGGCCGCUCACCCGGAUCAGGAUUAUAUUGUGCUAAUCAUGUCCUCGGCGAAUCUGGGCCGGGCUCUGUCUUUCCUUCGUGGCGGAGGCGCCAAUAGCUGCAAACUGAAGCUGCAGAGAAUUCAGUUUCCAUGCAUAUCUGUGGCUUGCUCGUUGCUGUCCACUUCCUCGACGGAGGCCCGAGACGUUCUCUACGACGUGCCCGUCACCAUAAUCCCCGCCAGCGACUGGCCCACCUAUGUGGUGCCCCGGGUGCCGCCCUCCCAGCUGGCCCUGGCCCUGCCUUCGCUUCGCCUGCUGCGGAGCCUCAUCGACAAGCUAAAGAAUAUGUCGCCCAGCCUGGAGUUCCAGGCCAACAGUGACGGGGAGCUGAAUGUGGUGGCUACCUCCGAGAUGUCCACGGUCACCAGUCGCUUCAAGCGCCUCCUACCACGCUUCCUGUCAGCGGAUAAUGACCGGGAGGCUUCGUGCUUGGUGGAUUCGCGCAAGGCUUCAGCCUUCUUUACCGCCCUGCAGUUGGCCAACGAGGAGCUGACCAUCGCCAUCGAUCGGGAGCACUCAAUCCACCUGCAGAUCGAUGUGCGUAAGGAUGUGAUGCUGCACUCCAUUCUGCCAGCUGUUUGUGCUUAGAAUUAAAUUUCCAGUGAGCCAGCCAGCUUCCACAACUUCCAGUUUAUUAGCUGUUUAUAAAAAUGAGCGUUUAGAUUAGUAAGUCGAUAAUUGCCGAAUAAAUAUGUUCCUCCCUGUC